CUUAAAUAAACCAACAAGACUCAUUUACAAGAUUUUCUCCGUCACAAUAUAUCCUGGUGGUCAUUUUAAUAUAUUUUCUUUCAUUGUGUCACAUAAAGUGUCAAGUGAUACAAUUGUUUAACAGCAUUUUUUAAUCAUCAUUUAAUACCAUGGAAAAUGAAAUUGCCUUGUUUGUCCACCUCACUUGAGGGGUGCAUGGUUUUACAAAUGUUCUCAAACAGUCAUGGUUGUAAACACUCUUUUGAAAAGUUCAAUGGAUCCUUUAAAUGAAGCCUGCUGAAUAUUUCUAGAGAACAGACAGCAAAAUGGACUAUCCAAACCCAAAACGGAAAUUAAGACCUGGAAAGGACAUUUCAGAGGACAAGAGCUUACCUAAGAACAAGACCAAAGAUCCUGAUGCAGAAGACGUUUCACCUAAAACUGAUAAAGUAUCUGAUGAAUCAGGAAAUGGGUCUGUUGUAGAAGAAACUGAGCAUGCUGUUACAGCUACAGCAGAGGAACAGUCUGAUGAACAUGACUCUUCAGAAGUAACUGAUUCUUUGGUUUGUUCACUGUGCAAUUUUGUAGCAAAAACUCAAACUGCACUGAAAAUUCAUUCAAAAAGGAAACACUCUCAUAAGGAAGCAGGUUUACAGAUCGUCAAUGAAAAGAACUCUUACACAACUGCAGAAGGGAUGAUUUCCAUGCAGAAUAUAACAGCUUUACAAGAAAGCAACAACCAAACACAACUCUCAGAAUCUCAACUGGAAAACACUUCAAAGGAAGUGAACAAUGGCAAAGAACCAAAAGAGUACACAGUCGAAACAGUUAGCCAACACACACAUCAGCCUUUCCGAGACCAGUCUGUCACAUCAGAGAAGGUUGUUGGUACCUCUGAGGCUGGAAGAAGAAGUCCCACUCAGAUGCUGCUGGAAAUGGUGGAGCCCACCAAACGUAGACCUGUAAAGGAUGUUGAGGACACAAACAAGAUCCUUAAAGAUGGUGACAAUGCACAAGCAAUGUUGCAGUUUUGAUUCAGAAAGUAAGGUGGAAAGUAAAGAAAAUGGUGGUUUGGAAGGACACGAUGAGAACCAUAAAAGUCAAAGAUAUUUAAAGUCUAAAACUGCACAUGCAUGUUCUUACUGUGGACAUGAAUUCAGAGACAGACUCAGUCUGGACACACAUACCAAGAGGCGACACACUAAAGAAAUGAACUACUUCUGUGACUUCUGCAGCUAUUCUUGUGUUGCGAAGUGCGAUUAUGAGAAGCACUGCUCGAGCAACAAGCACAAAAAAAAGAUGUCAGAGAAACGGGAGACAUUGAUGCCCCAAGAAUUGGUUUCCCCACCACAUGUGGCAAGGAUGCCGACACGUUCUGCAGGUUUCUGGUCGCAGCUUCAGUGCAGUACGUGCAGCUUCACAGCCAACAGUUCAGUGAUGUUGGCGCAACACAUAAAAAUGCAUCAUCCAUCAGAGCACCGUUUCCAUUGCAGGGCCUGCGAAUACUACACCACCACGACACAGGCCAUGGAGAUCCACCUGUUAGAAGAAGCCCACCAACAGGUGGCCAAAAAGAAGAACAUUAGCCCUCUGUUUAAAGACUGUGUUGAGAAGAUCCUUGUGAUUCUCUCAGGUGAUAAAAGAGAGGAUGGACAAAUGGAUGACAGUGACACUCAUGAGGAGGUUCAGGUAGCAGACAAUGUGUCACCUGUAGCAGAGCCAGCCGAGGCUGUUGGUAACAAACGCAAGCGAGGCAGGCCAAAGACAUCUAACUUGACAGUUUGUAGUCAUUGUGGGCUUGUUGCUUCCAAUGCCACCAACCUUAGUGUGCAUAUACGACGCAGGCACAGUCGUCUCUACAGCUUUGUUUGCAAGCUGUGCAACUACUACUGCGUGACAAAAGGUGACAUGGACCGCCACUGUGAAACCAAAAAGCACAUCAACAAAAUGCAAGGAGCUGGAAGUGAAGGCACUGGUGUAGUUCUGCUAGAUGCCGAACAGCCAGGUCGGGCGAAGGAAGAUGAGGCAGAACUGGGCGACAAAGUAGCAGAGAUCGAGACGACUAUUGACGAUGUGGAUGAGAACACCCCAGGUGUACCUUGUAAGAAAAGCAAGUAUGACUUAAGUAACUCCUGCACUCAGUGUGACUUUGUCGCUCACUCGACACCAUCCCUUGCUCUCCAUGUGCGACGUAAGCACACAAAAGACUUUGAGUUUGUUUGUCUAGCGUGCAGCUACUACACUGUCACACGCAGAGAGAUGUUUCGGCAUGCAGCCACAGAGAAACACAAGCAGAAACGUCAGAGCUAUCUGGAGAGACAGAACCAAAGCACCAAUAAAGAUCCAGCUGAAUCCACCUGUGAUGACCAGGAGAUGCUUGAAGGAUCAGAACUGGGCUGUGAUGGUUCUGAUCUGACAGCUGAAACUGCCACAACUGAAGUUGCAGAUGAUUUGGCAAAUGGAGGUGUGAAGACCCGUACAAAUGAAGAAGAAGCAGAACAAGCAUCCGAUGAGAGCCAAGAAUCAUCAGCUAACCCAACUGACUCAGAUGCAUCUAAUGUAAUCCAGUCAGUGGUGACAGAGAAAGACACUGUGUUAGAGGACAUUGAGGAGGAAAACAUGUUUGAUGAGGAUGAAAUGGCUGACUUAGGAGGGGACAAUCCCUCUGGGCAGAAGCACCUUCUUGGCACGAUAGCAUUUGAUGCCUGCAUCUUUCCCUUAAAAGCCUUAGUAGAGCCCAAGCCACCACAGGCCAGAGAUCAGACGACAAGUGCAUCACCGCAUCAGGGUGUCAAAAAGCCUAAAACUGGGUCUGAGACAAAGACCACCACCCGAAAUACACACAUCCGCUGUGAGGACUGUGGGUUUUUGGCAGAUGGCUUAAGCGGCCUAAAUGUCCAUAUCUCCAUGAAGCAUCCAUCCAAGGAGAAGCAUUUCCAUUGCCUGCUCUGUGGGAAGUCCUUCUACACAGAGAGUAACUUGCAGCAGCACUUGAGCAGCGCUGCGCAUAUGCGCAAUGAGCAGGGAAGCAUCGAGGAUCUUCCAGAAGGAGGUGCCAGCUUCAAAUGUGUCCGAUGCAACGAGCCCUGCCAGACAGAGCAAGAACUGUUCAUUCACAUCAAAGAGAAGCACGAGGAGCUGCUGAGAGAAGUGAACAAGUAUGUGCUGGAGGACACAGAGCAGAUCAACCGAGAGCGCCAGGAGAACCAGGGCAGCGUAUGCAAGUACUGUGGCAAAGUCUGCAAGAGCAGCAACUCCAUGGCUUUCCUAGCUCAUGUUCGCACACACACAGGAUCCAAACCCUUCAUGUGCAAGAUCUGUAACUUUGCCACUGCUCAGUUGGGUGAUGCUCGCAACCACGUCAAGAGACAUCUGGGCAUGAGAGAGUACAAGUGUCACAUCUGCGGAUGGGCAUUUGUGAUGAAGAAACAUUUGAACACUCAUCUACUGGGGAAACACGGACUGGGCCAACCCAAAGAAAGGAAGUUUGAGUGUGAGUUGUGUGAGCGGAGCUUCAGUGAGAAAUGGGCUCUGAAUAAUCACAUGAAGCUGCACACGGGAGACAAACCCUACAAGUGCAGCUGGCCCUCCUGUCAUUACGCCUUCCUCACGCUUUCUGCUAUGAAAGACCACCAGAGAACACACACAGGAGAGAAGUCUUUCCUGUGUGAUCUUUGCGGGUUUGCUGGAGGCACUCGUCACGCCCUGACCAAACACCGUCGCCAGCACACAGGAGAACGGCCCUUCAAGUGUCAGCUGUGUAACUUUGCCUCGACCACACAGUCUCACUUGACACGUCACAAGCGCGUGCACACGGGCGAGAAGCCCUACCGCUGCCCCUGGUGUGAUUACAGAUCAAACUGUGCAGAAAACAUUCGGAAACACAUCCUACAUACGGGCAAACACGAGGGAGUGAAGAUGUAUAACUGCCCCAAGUGCAACUAUGCCACCAAUGGCCCCACGGAUUUCAGAAACCAUCUAAAGGAGACGCAUCCCGACAUCGAGAACCCAGACCUGGCCUACCUGCACGCUGGAAUCGUGUCCAAAUCAUUCGAGUGUCGUCUAAAAGGACAGGGUGCAGCGUUCGUGCAGGCAGAGGUGGCAUUUGCUCCUGACGAGAUCAAACUGAGUUCAGAGGGUGUUCAGCAGGUCAUUAUCAUUCAGGGUUACGGCGGGGAGGAGGUGGCCAUCGAUCAUGCACUGGAAGAGUCGGCCGCCGUCACGCUACAGACCCUCGCCAUGUCCAGCCACUUGGCUGAAGUGCUGCACAUAACUGAGGAUGGGCAGCUGAUUGCGUCUGGCCGGGAGGUGUCAUCGGUCGAGGCCCAGCUGGCGGGGGGGCAGAUCCAGAUCCCCGGGACUGCCACUCGCUACAUGUUGGUCGAGUCGUCUGGGGAGACGUCGCUCGUGGAGCAGAGGACUGUAGAUGAAGCCAGACAAGAAGGGGUGGAGCCCGACAAUGCUGUUUCUGAGUCCUCCACGGCUCUCGAUGCAUUGCUUUGUGCUGUCACAGAGUUGGGUGAACAAGGUGACGCUAGAGAGGGCGAGAUCACCACCACCGAUCACUUGCCGGAGGAGGAAUGCAGAGACGGGUCCUCCCAGACUGACACACAGAGUGAAACGCAGGUGUAUGAGGAGGAGGCGGAGUCAAUGGGCAUGGUCACUCAGAUCGUGGGUUCCCCUCACGAGCACACGUCUGAGAAGAUGCAAGAGGUGUUGCAGUUUGCAGCCAGUCAGUUGAUAAUGAAGGAGGGGCUUACGCAGGUCAUCGUUAAUGAUGAGGGGACACAUUAUAUCGUUACCCAGCUGGACGGCUCUACCCUGCAGGUAGAGGGUGCUGUUGUGGAGCCGACCACAGAGGGGACGAUAGUGUACUCACAAAUAAUUCCAGAGUGACAAAGAGAGAGUAGAUGCUUCUGAGGUUUCUUUGCAUAUCUCUUUCCUUGUAAAACUCAGUAAAAACUUCCUUUGACAUCACAUAUCAAAGCAAGCUAAUUGGGAUGGAUUGCUUUUACUUUAAAAAUAAUUUGUCUUGUUUUCCAGUAAAAAUAUCUAAACAAGAGAUGUUUACUUGAGAAGCAAAAUUGCAUCAGAUGUUGAAUAAUAUUUAAAAGUUUAGCGUUUUAUAUUUCAUAUGAGUUUAUUUUUCUUACCACAUUGGCAAUUUUUGUUAUUGUUUUAAGCAUAAAUGUAACUAAAUUAGUAAGUUUAGUAACCUUAAAAAAUGCCAGUAGGGUAAGAAGGUUCAACUUAAUUCAAGACAUAUUCUCUUAAAAAACAGGCCUUAUUAUCAUACACAAUUUUGCAUCUAAAUAAUAUUUUACGGAUGCUUAUAUAUCUUUACUGGAAAACAAGACAAAAAUACUGAAUAAAACAUGAUAUUUACAGUGCUGGUGCUAACAAUAUGCAAUAUACAUCAGCAACAUGCUUGUGACAUGAAUCUCUCUCUUUAGUGCUGAUUUGAUUUUUUUUUUUUCCUGUUUUUAUUUAUUUGUAGAAAUGCAGCAUAUACUUUUAUGAUGCCACUAAAUAUGUUCACAUUGGAACAACUAACAGCUUAUUUAAAGAUUUGUAGCAUUUUUAAGGUUAUGUCCUGUAGAUGCUUAGAUUCCUAAUGAUAACCUUGUUGAGCAUACACCUUCUGCUUGCUUCCCUUAUGUUUGAUCGAUUGAUGAUAUUUCAUAUGUUAAAUACCUUUUCUUGUGCUGCAUGUUCAUUGAGAGCUCAAGAACAUUUUAGACGACAUUCACAUAUGAUCAGACUGCAAACCUUGAAGAUCCUUCUGCUCUCAUAUACUGUUUAGUGGAAAAAAAUUUAAAUGUUUAAAUAUAACAUUAUUUAAAACCUGAUUGAGAAAAUAAUUUGUAUUCAAAUACAUUGUUUAACUUACUUAUGAAUAUAACGUCUUCAAAAUGUUCAACUGACCAGUUGCAGUUUGAGAGUUUAACUGCAGCUGGAGGGUUUUGGGUUGUUUUGGUCAUUGUUUCAUAAAAAUGCAGGAAGUUUGUGAAUUGUGUUUCUAAUCCUGUUCAUCGUUCUUUGUUAAUAAAAAACAUGAUCCGUUUAUUGAGAUGUGUUUGUUUCAAAAACAUUGUUGAAAUGUCAAAUGUAUGUACUAUUAAUAUAAAACUUCACAGGAAGUGUGUGUGUGUGUGUGUGUGUGUGUGUGUGUGUGUGUGUGUGUGUGUGUGUGUGUGUGUGUGUGUGUGUGUGUGUGUGUGUGUGUGUGUGUGUGUGUGUGUGUGUGUGUGUGUGUGUGUGUGAGAGAGAG